ACAUAGAAAAACCACCAUACAUUAUUAUCCCCUUUUCUCUUCUCUCUCUCUCUCUGGUGUGUCUCCUUUUUGGGCCACUUUACAGCUGAAAGUUGCAUCUGCAGUAUUCUUCAGUCAUUCCUUCCUUCCUUCCUUGAAUGGGAUCCCCAAAAUGGCCUCCAACUUGCGACAUUACCAUACCUUUUUUGCUGUGCCUUGUUUUGCUGCUGCUGCAAUCGAGCGUUUCGUCGGUGGUGUUGGUCGGGUUGAGGAAGCAGCAGCAGCAGCGCAGCCACAGUAGCAGUAACCGCCGGCCGAUGAUGCUUCGGGGAAACCAGAGCUCGUGCGCGCUCUUCACGGGGAGUUGGGUCCGCGACGAGACGUACACCCCCAUCUACCAGUCCUCCACCUGCCCCUUCAUCGACGCCGAAUUCAACUGCCAGAUGUUCGGCAGGCCCGACACCGAUUAUCUCAAGUAUCGCUGGCAGCCUGAAAAUUGCCAAAUCCCUAGGUUCAAUGGCGUGGAGUUCGCGACGAGGAUGAGAGGGAAGAGCGUGAUGUUCGUGGGGGAUUCGUUGGGGAGGAACCAAUGGCAGUCGCUGGUGUGCAUGAUUGCGGCGGGGCUGCCGCCGUCGUCGCCUAUUCAAGGCCCCACCGGCGGCGACCCUCUCUACACCGUGCGCUUCCUGGAAUACGGGGUAUCAGUGUCGUUCUUCAGAGCACCAUAUCUGGUGGACAUCGAUUCAGUGCAGGGGAAGAGGGUGCUGAAAUUGGACGACAUAAGGGGCAACGGGAACGCCUGGACCGGAGUGGAUGUCCUCUCCUUCAACACCGGCCAUUGGUGGACUCACAAAGGAUCCCUCCAGGGAUGGGAGUACAUGGAGGCAGGGGGGAAUCUGUACGAGGACAUGGACAGACUAGUGGCCAUGGAAAGAGGGCUGAGGACGUGGGGCCGAUGGGUGGACGCCAAUAUUGACCCUACCAGAACCAGGGUGUUUUUCCAGGGCACUUCGCCCACCCAUUACAAUCCAAGCGAGUGGAACUCUGGAGCUAUAUCGAGGGCGGCAGCAAUGUCCUCCAACUCCAAGAGCUGCUACGGGGAAACAAUGCCGAUGCCGAUGAUGGGCACGGGCACAUCGGGCACGUAUAUGUACCCGGACCAGAUGAAAGUGGUGGAGGCCGUGCUGAGUUCCAUGAACCCGCCAGCCCCCUUCCUACUGGACAUCACAAUGCUGUCGGAGAUGCGCAAAGACGCCCACCCCUCCAUCUACAGCGGCGACCUCACCCCCGAGCAGCGAGCCAAGCCUGACCACUCCGCCGACUGCAGCCACUGGUGCCUGCCCGGCUUGCCCGACACCUGGAACCAGCUCUUCUACACAGCCCUCUUCUUCUUGCACUAGAACACUUUUAUUCAUUAUUAUUAUGCUUCCUUACUUAUAAUUCAUUUUAGCCCUACAAAAUUUUAUUUGCUGCUGUUAUGUUAUGGUGUAUAUAUUGUUAUCUAUAUAUAUAUAUUGAUUUUAAUUUCA